AUGAUUUGGCGCAUCAUCAGUUUCAAGUACACUCAUCUAGCGGAGCGGCUGCAACUCCUUACACUCAUCAUCAUUGGGGAGGGUAUCAUCGGAAUGGUCAAGAGCGUGGCAUGUAUUACCAAAAGCCAAACGAGCAACAACAUGAGUGAGAUUGGAACUGUCAUCGCGGCCAUUCUUCUCUUGUAUCUUCUCUGGAUGCUGUACUUCGAUCAGCUUUCCCAUGAUCGUUUCGGAACCGUGCGUCAGCAAGUAUGGGCUCUACUACACUAUCCAUUGCAUUCAGCAAUUCUCCUCUGCGUCGAAGGCAACACCUCUCUCAUCGUGUGGAACUCAGCCGUGCAAGCUCUUAAGUGGAUUUGGUCGUUCAAACCCGAGAACUACUACGACCCAGCCAAUGGCUACUCCGACACCGACAGCUACAUCGACUACCUCAAUCAGAGCAUGAACGCUAUCAACGGGAGAUUCAAGAGCAAAGCCUGGAACACUACAUACAACUGGAACACGAACUUCACUGCGAUUGAGAAUUACACCGCAAUGUACGGCUUCAAAUCAAACGAAUGGAACAAUCGAACCGGCAACGUUGUCCGUCACAUGUUCGACAGGGCGCAAGUCUUCGUGUACGAGGCACAUUAUGACUCUCUUGCGAAGCUCAACGCCGUUGCCGCGACUACAGCUAGUCCGCGGAACAAGCUAGAUGCUGUUUCCGAUGUCUUCAACACCACUACCAUGCAGUUCUUCAUCGGCGCAGGCUGUCUGCUGUUGGUGCUUGCGAUCAUGUACUGGUUCAACAAGAUUCACAAGACGAAGUAUGAGUUCGGCGAGAUCAUCAACAGAGUUGUUGUCGGCUUUACGCUUAUCAUCCUGGGAAUCUCUGUCGUCAUUGCGGACAAGACCACCAGUGGGUUCAAAUUCAAGGGGAGUCAUUGGAUGAUUCCCAUAGUGGUGCUGUUCUUUGCUACAGGUAAAUGUCCUCCACAUUUGUUAUCGAGAGACUGA